AUGGUGUGGAUGCCGGGGUUGACGACCAUACUCAGAGAUCAGAUCGUUAUCACGGGGGCUGUCAUCUUAGGCUUGGGUUUCCGAGUUGUCAUGAGCACGCUGCAGAAAGCAAGAGACAGACAGGCUUUGGCUCGCGAGAGAGGUGAAGUGGAGCAGCAAGAGGCAGCGGCUGCGGCGGAGCGGCAUGUCCUCUUGCGUGAGAUCGAGGAUUUGAGGACUGAGAACCAGGGUUUGAGGGCUGAGUUAAGCAAUACACUUCAGGGUGCUGGCCAGUUCUGA